UGGACACUGGACAGAGGAGUGUUCUACCGGAUCGCCACCGAGUCAAGUCUCCACCGUGUACCACUUGUGUUGUCUUCUAUCGUUGUGUUUGUAGAUAAUGCCGGAGCCAAAGCAGUAACAUAAAAAAGUAAUUUGAAAGAACUUAUUUGCUCUAAUCGCUCCAGAGGGUGUUGAACGGACAGACAGAUCACCUACAGUGGUCCUUUACUGCUCCAGAUGGAGCCUGUGGGCAAUACAGGAGACAGCCCGGGGGAGUUAGUGGUGACGGUCGAGAAUGCCCUCCAGCAGCUGUACUACGACCCCGACAUGGAGCAGAAGAACGCCGCCCAGCGGUGGCUGACACAGGCCCAGGCCUCCCCACAGGCGUGGCACUUCUGCUGGGCUCUGCUGGGCCCCGAAAAGCUGCCCGAGGUCCAGUUCUUCGGCGCGAGAACGCUCCACACCAAGAUCUCCCACCACUGGGCGGACCUCCAGCCCGACCAGCACCCGGGCCUGCGGACCCAGCUGCUCUCCCACGUCCUGCGCUUCUCCUCGGGGCCCAGGAUGGUGCUGACCAGGCUGUGUGUGGCCCUGGCCUCCCUGGCCCUCAACCUGGUGCCCCAGGCCUGGCCCAAGCCCGUGGCCGACCUGGUGGGGGCCCUCCAGCCGGAGACAGAGCCCCCCGAGGGGGCCGCGGCUGCCCCCCAGGAGGGCCCCCAGGAGCCUCCUCCCCACGCCCGCUGCCUGGUCCUCCUGGAGCUGCUCACCGUGCUGCCCGAGGAGUUCCAGAGCAGCCGGCUGGCCCAGGCCCGCCGUGCCCAGCUGAGGGAGGCCCUGGCUGGGGAGUGGGCCACGGUGUGUCCCCUGCUGCGGCGGCUCCUCCAGAGCCCGGACUCCCCGGGGCCGGUGAAGCAGAGGGUGCUGCGCUGCCUGUCGGGCUGGACGGCGCUGGGGGUGGCGCUGGAGGAGAGCCGGGGGCUGGUGGAGGACUGCUUCUCGGCGCUAGGCGACGCGGAGCUCUUCGACGCGGCCGUGGAGACCAUCGUCACGGUGCUGUCGCAGCCUGACUGCCAGCGGUGCAGGGCGGCUCUGGGGGGCCUCAUCCCCGUGGUGCUUGGGCUCAGGGAGCGGCUGGAGGCGGCGGCGGGGGCCGGGGACAUGGAGAUCACCCACGGAAUCUGUCGCAUCGCCGUCGCUCUGGGGGAGACACACUCCAGGGUGCUGCUGGAGCAGGUCGACCAAUGGCAGGACUACCUGGCCCUGGUCAACAUGAUCCUGUUUUGCACUGGGACCCCUGGCCACUACCCGGUCAGCGAGACCAGCAGCUCCCUGACCCUCACCUUCUGGUACACCCUGCAGGACGACAUCAUGUCCCUGGAGGAGGAGAGGCAGGCGCUGUACCUGUCGGUGUACAGGGAGGUGUACGUCCGGCUGGUGGAGGUGCUGCUGCAGAAGGCCCACUACGCCCCCGAGGAGGAGUACGCCUCCUGGAGCGCCGACGACAAGGAGCAGUUCAGGACCUACAGAGUGGACAUCUCCGACACCCUGAUGUAUGUGUAUGAGAUGCUGGGGGCGGAGCUGCUCAGCAGCCUGUACGAGCGGCUGGGCGGCCUGGUCCUGGGCCCAGGGCGGGGGGCCGCCUGGCAGGACAUUGAGGCCCUGCUGUUCGGCUUCCAGUCCAUCGCCGAGACCAUCGAUGUCAACUACUCUGACGUCAUCCCUGGCCUGAUCGGCCUGCUGCCUAGGAUCAGCAUCAGCACCGUCCUGCUGGCCGACACCGUCAUGUACACCAUCGGCUCCCUGGCCGAGUGGCUGGCAGACCACCCUGUGAUGCUGGUCAAAAUAUUACCCAUGGUGCUUCAGGGGCUGGCCAAGCCGGAGCUGUCAGUCUCCAGCGUCUCCACCCUGAAGAGGAUCUGCCGCGAGUGUCAGCACGACCUGGCGCCCUACGCCCACGACAUCAUCCGCGUGUCACAGGAUGUUCUGCUGAGGGACAUCCAUAAGAGCAGCCAGUGCAUGUGGCUGAUGCAGGGGGUGGGCUUCCUGCUGUCCUCCCUGCCGGUGGAGGCGGUGCUGGGCAGCCUGCAGGCCUUCCUCAGCCCCCACAUCCAGAGGCUGGACUCUCUGGCCCAGCAGCAGCCCUGUCCAUCCAGCAAGCCGUCCAUCAUACACAUUCUGGGGUUGUUGUCGAGUCUCUUCACCACGCUAGACAUCAACAGACAUGCACCGAGCCUGGAGACAGCUGUCCCUGCACCCCCCACACCCCCCCAGGCCCCCCACAACCCGGUGGUGGUCGUGUUACAGCAGGUGCUCACGCUGAUCCAGAACAUCCUCAGUAAAUGGCUCAACGACUCUGAGGUGGUGGAGGCCGCGUGCGGGGUGUUUGAGAAGUCUGUGCGAACGUUGCUUCAUGGUUUCGGCCCCAUGGUGCCUCAGCUCAGCGCCAUGCUGGGCCAGAUUUACUGUACCUACCCACAAUCCUCAGCUCUGGACCUCACGCGCCAGAUGGUUCACAUAUUCGCUGCAGAAAGGGAGUUCUUCAGCCCCGUCCAGGACCUCGUCAAAGUGUUGACAUCCGCUACGCUCGCCAUUUUCCAGCAAGGCCCAAGAGACCACCCCGAUAUUGCGGACUCAUUCAUGCAGCUGCACGCCCAGAUUUUCAAAAGGAAGCCUGAUUUUUACCUCUCUGAACAUCUGGAUGUUAGCUCACUGUUCUGCUGCGGAGUGAUGUUUCUUAAAUGUCCUGAAGCAGGCACUGUGCGAUCGGCCAGUUUGUUCUUUACGGAGUUGUUCCCGCGGUUUAAAGACCUCCCAGCCGUUGGCGCGGUGGUGCUGAGCGAGGGAAGGUUGCUGGUGCAGACCCUACUGCAGGCGGUGGGAGGCGAGGCCCCCCGGAGCCUGGGGGACCACUUCUCCGAGGUGUUGUUCAGCAUGAACAGGAACUGUGUGGGCCUGCUGGCCCGGUGGCUGGAGGAGACCCUUCAGGACCCCACCUUCCCCUCCACCCUUGUCUCCGUCCAGCAGAAGGACGCCUUCCGCCAGCGGCUGCUCAGAGAGCAGACCAACAGGCGCCAGGUGAAGGAUGUGGUGAAGGAGUUCUCCCUGCUGUGCCGUGGACAGCAGGGUGUUGGAUACUCCACCCAGUAGUGAACUCCUCCACCCCCUGAUCACCUCAACCCUUCCUCUGCACUCUCUUCCCAGUACUGGACUCCUCCUGGAAGCCUUUUUCUCCAAGGGUAAAACACUGUGCUCAUUUUGAGAUAUUAAGACCGUUUGGAUCUUCAUGGAGUCAUCGUCAGAGAGCUUCAAGAUGGCCGUCAACCUGUGAAGAAAAGGGCGUCUUCUACAAGAGCAGUUUCCUGGCGAAGACAGAAAGGUCAUGAUGCUCCUGAGAACUAUUUAAUCAAGGAUGUAUUCACAAAGGUUUGCCAGAGCUCCGGUAGAAGACAAACGUCUCUGGAGUUGUGGGGAGGAUGAAGGAAUAACAGGGUGGGUCAAUAUACUGAAGAGUUUCUGAACGUGUGAAUAUAGGGCGGCAUGUGGCUGAGGAGGUAGAAUGGGUUGGCUGGUAACCAGAAGAUAACUAGUGUCGCGUGUCGAGGUGUCCCUGAGCAAGACGCCUCUACCUGACUCCUCCCGACGAGCUGGCUGUCGCCCUGCGUGGUGCAUGCAUCGGUGAAUGUCAGGCAAUAUUAUAAAGCGCUUUGAGUAGCCACUGGUUAGAAAAGCACUAUAGAAAUGCAGUCCAUUUACUGAACUAUUCAUGAAAGAGCUUGUUUUGAGGAGCUUGUGCUACGGGGUCUUCUCUGUCCUCUCAACCCAACUACUGGGUUGUUUUUUUUGUUUAACUGUUUUUAGAUUUUUUCAUAAAUUAAUAUAAACAUAUAGUUAUUACCAAUAUAUGGUUUGAAUGACUUUGUAAAAAAGUCUGACAUCAUGUAAAACUAACUAACCCUCCCCUCCCAGCCCUCGCCCCUUGUCCAUUUUUGUCAAAAAGUGCUUUGCCGUCCUCCCAAUUAUAAAAUAAAAGUUAGAUAUUUAAAAAACUAUAAGAUAUUUUAGUUUUAAAAGUAGUAGCUAGCGAUUCCAAGCUAACCUGAACAAUUUUAAAUUCAGCAGUCUCUAGCUAAACCACAGGGUUUAAAAAAUAUAUAUGUUUAAUAUUGACUGACAAAGCCAAAGAGGAAUGCUAUUUGAGUACUGGCAUCUGUCCCUGAACUGUGUACAACAGGAGGAGAGGAGAUUCUACCUAGCAUCACAGGAUGUUGAUGCAGCAUGCUGUGACUGAACAAGUGUUGCAUUAAUAAAGACUGAAUAUUGAGCCAUAUCAAAUGAAGAGGAUGCACAUGUUUAUGUAUAAGUAUGUUGGUUGAAAUGGACUAUGUGUAGGAAUUUCACAGACAUACAUUUCUUGAAAUUGCCAAUAUAUAUGACCAGGUUAUAAUUUAAGUUUAUAAAUGAGUCAUUCCCAGCCUGCGUUGCGUAGCACAGCCUGGGCGCUGGUGGUUCUGUUAUAUUUCAACCAGGACUGAUUUACUGGAAAAAGGGAAGGAAGGGACAGAAAAUAACAACUAAAAAUGUUCUUUCAUAAGUGUUUCAUUAGUUUGAUUUUGGAUAAUAUUAGGUUACGAUCGUUCUUGUCUAUCCCCGUGGAGAUGGAUUCUUACAGACAAUGCUUUUAAGUCACAGACACAGACACAAAAGAGCUCAGUGUUUGCAGCCGUGUGUGCAGCUGUGCAUGGUGCAGAUGUUUAUUCAUUGUGGUUGUGUUGAUUGACGUGCCACAGAACAUACCAGAAAACAUGAUCAGAAGCACAGUGUUAAAAACAUUAC